ACCCUCCCCUCGCGGCCGCCCCUGUCUAAGCUCCAGCGCCAGCCGCCCACUCUUGCCGCCGGCCCGCUUUACAUAUAUCUAUAUAUUGGGACCGAAAUCAACAGCAAUUCCUUUUCAUUUCAUUUUUUUGGUCCUCUAUUUCCUUUUCUCUUUUCAGUUCUCGAUCUCCUUCUCCUAUUCUCUUCUCUGUUUCUCUUCCCCUCUUGUUCUCUGUUUCUCUUCCAAGAUCCAAACUUUUAUUCACUAAGGUUGAACUAUUUCACCCUUCCAAGAUCAAAACAUUACUGACUGAGGCCAAAAUCCAGAUCUGUGGUUGUUGUAGAGAUUUCAAGUUAGGGUUUCAGUUUUUGUUGUUCUUUUUAUUUUUUGCAUUUUUGGUCUUUUGUGUUAAUGUUUAUGUUUUGUUGGUUUCUGGGAAAUCCUAGAAUUUAUGGGGGUUGGUUUUGGCUUUGAAAUCCAUCCGAAAAAUCAUAUGGGGAUAAAAUCCGGAAAUAUCUGAAAAAUAUUGAAAUGGAAAUGACCAAAAAAUAAAAAAAUUGUCAUGUCGAAUUUUUGUUAGACCGAUUUUCCCAUUUUCUGAUUUUCCCUCUCAUAGUGCAAAGAAUUUCCCUCCGCAAUGUAAAGAAGAGAUGAGAACACUCAAGAACACGGGGAACAUCUUAUCACUCUCUCUCUAACUUUACCUAUUUCUCUUUUACAUGGAUACCUUUUUUUGGGAGAAGUAAUUUCAUUUGGAAGAAGCAAACUCACCAAGCAUUUUCUGCUGCUUCUUCUUUCUACUUUCUACUUUCUGAAGUUCUGUUGUGAGGCUUGGCUUCAAUUACAUCAGCAUCUGCAUCGACAUCAUCCGUCAAUGUUUUUGGUUACUGUUGCUUACCGUUCUCUUGUUCAGAUUUUUCACAGGUGUAUUCUUUAAUUGAGCCUCACUUGCGUAUUUCUUCUUUGCAAUCAAGCAAAUCCAGCGUUAUUAUUCACUUUUCAUUUGAUAAUUCAAAGAAUUAAAAUUGUAAUUACACGUUUUUUGCUAUGUUUAUUGGGUGUUGAUUGGAAAAAUUGGAAUUAUGUAAUCAAUUGUACCUCCUUUUUCUUUCCUACAGGAUCAUUUAGAAUUCAUCACUCAUAGUACCUCGGCGAUGGCUGAUGCUUCUUCUUCUUCUUCUUCUUCUUCUUCUUCUUCUUCUUCUUCUUCUUCUUCUCAACACAAGUAUGAUGUCUUCCUCAGCUUUCGAGGAGAAGACACUCGCAAUAACUUCACUGCCCAUCUCUAUCACGCCUUGUGCCAGAAAGGAAUCUACACUUUCAUCGAUGAUGACAAGCUUGAGAGAGGCGAAGUCAUAUCUUCUGCCCUUGUUGAAGCUAUUGAGAACUCCAUGUUUUCUAUCAUUGUUUUGUCAGAAAAUUAUGCAUCCUCUAGGUGGUGUUUAGAGGAGCUUGUAAAGAUACUGGAAUGCAAGGAAAACAAGGGACAGACGGUUCUCCCAAUUUUUUACCAUGUGGAUCCGGCGGAUGUGCGAAAACAGAGGGGAAAAUUUGGAGAAGCCUUAGCAAAACAUAAAAAAAAUAUGGAGAAUAUGGAGAGGGUGAAGAUUUGGAAGGAUGCUCUCACUAAAGUUGCAUAUUUAUCAGGCUGGGAUUCACAGAAUAAGAAUGAGUUGCUGCUGAUCAAGGAAGUGGCUGAGAAUAUUUGGAAUAAAUUGCUCAGCACAUUAACAAGUGAUACUGAGGAUCUGGUUGGGAUAGAUUCUCAUAUUCAAGAAGUGGAAACGUUGUUAUGUUUAGAGGCAGAUGAUGUUCGCAUGGUUGGAAUUUGGGGUAUGGGCGGAAUAGGGAAAACUACCCUUGCUAGAGCUAUUUAUAAAAAAAUUUCUGACAAAUUUGAAGAUCGUUGCUUUCUUGAUGAUGUAGCAGAUUUGGCAAGAAAAGGUCAAGAUUUAAAGAAGCUACUUCUUUCAAAUGUAUUGAGGGAUAAAAAUAUUGAUGUGACAGCCCCUUCGUUGAAGGCAAGAUUACACUUCAAAAAGGUCCUUAUUGUUAUUGAUAAUGUGAACAACCGAGAAAUAUUAGAAAAUUUAGUGGGAGGGCCUAAUUGGUUUGGUCCAAAAAGUAGAAUCAUUAUAACGACUAGGGAUACACAUUUGUUGGCCGCAUAUGGUGUGAAUGAUGUAUAUGAGGUCCAGAAAUUACAGGAUGAAAAAGCUACUAAGCUCUUCAACCAUUAUGCCUUCAGAAAUGACACCCCUUCAAGAGAUGUUAUAGAGCUUAUUGAUCAUGUCAUUGCUUACGCUCAAGGCCUUCCACUGGCUCUUAAAGUUUUAGGUUCUUCUUUAUGUAAGAAAAGCAAAGAUGAAUGGUUGUGUGAAUUGAAUAAACUACAAAAAAUCCCUAAUAUGGAAAUUCAAAACGUGCUUCAAACAAGUUUUGAUGAGUUAGAUUAUUAUCAGCAAAAUUUAUUUCUAGAUAUUGCAUUUGUUUUUUGGGGGGAGUUGAAAGAUUUUGUAAUAGAUAUACUAAAUAGUUGUGGCUUUUUCCCCAUUAGUGGAAUAAGAACUCUCAUUGACAAGUCACUCAUAAGUUAUAUUGAUGAUCAGCUGCAUAUCCAUGAUUUACUUAUAGAAAUGGGUAAGGAAAUUGUUCGCCAAACAUUUCCUGAAGAGCCUGGCAAACGCAGCAGAUUAUGGAUGCAACAAGAUAUCUGUCAUGUAUUAGAAAACCUUACGGGAACUGAAAAGGUUGAAGUUAUAGACCUUGAUUUGCACGGCUUAAAGGAAAUACGAUUUACCACUGCAGCCUUUGCCAAGAUGACUAAACUUAGAGUGCUUCAAAUUGAUGCUGCUCAAAUGCAAUGUGAAGUACACAUUUCUGAUGACUUUAAAUUUCAUUAUGAUGAGCUGAGGUAUCUUUUUUGGGACUAUUAUCCUCUGAAAUUAUUGCCAUCUGAUUUUAAGUCUAAGAAUCUUGUGUGUCUCCGCAUGCCUAAUAGCCACCUUACUCAGCUAUGGGAAGGAAAUAAGGUUUUUGAAAGCUUAAAAUAUAUGGAUCUUAGUGACUCUAAAUACCUUACGGAAACUCCAGAUUUCUCAAGGGUCACCAAUCUUGAAUGCUUGAUUCUGGAUGGUUGUACACAGUUGUGUAAAAUUCACCUGUCCCUUGGAACCUUGGACAAACUCACUCUCUUGAGUUUGGAAAACUGCAUAAACCUUAAGCAUUUUCCAGGCAUCUGUCAGUUGGUAUCCCUCAAAACUCUCAUUCUCUCUGGUUGCCCAAAGCUAGAGAAAUUUCCUGAUAUAGCACAGCACAUGCCAUGCUUAUCCAAGCUCUAUUUAGAUGGGACUGCUAUAACAGAACUCCCCUCCUCAAUCGCUUAUGCCACUGAGCUUGUUCUAUUGGAUUUAAAAAAUUGCAGAAAGCUCUGGAGUCUUCCAAGCAGCAUUUGUCAAUUGACACUUCUUAAGACCCUUUCUCUUUCUGGCUGCUCAGAUCUUGGAAAAUGUGAAGUGAACUCGGGGAACUUAGAUGCUUUGCCAAGGACCUUGGAUAAACUUUGUAAUCUUUGGAGGCUUGAGCUGCAAAAUUGCAGGAGCCUACGAGCAUUGCCAGCGCUUCCAUCAAGCUUGGCCAUUAUAAAUGCAAGAAAUUGCGAAUCACUGGAAGAUGCAGGAGCCUUCAGUCAGUUGGUAUCCGUCAAAACUCUCAUUCUCUCUGGUUGCCCAAAGUUAGAGAAGUUUCCUGAUAUAGCACAGCACAUGCCAUGCUUAUCCAAGCUCUAUUUAGAUGGGACUGCUAUAACAGAACUCCCCUCCUCAAUCUCUUAUGCCACUGAGCUUGUUCUAUUGGAUUUAAAAAAUUGCAGAAAGCUUUGGAGUCUUCCAAGCAGCAUUUGUCAAUUGACACUUCUUGAGACCCUUUCUCUUUCUGGCUGCUCAGAUCUUGGAAAAUGUGAAGUGAACUCAGGGAACUUAGAUGCUUUGCCAAGGACAUUGGAUCAACUUCGUAAUCUUUGGAGGCUUGAGCUGCAAAAUUGCAAGAGCCUACGAGCAUUGCCAGUGCUUCCAUCAAGCUUGGAAUUUAUAAAUGCAAGUAAUUGCGAAUCCCUGGAAGAUAUCUCCCCUCAAUCAGUUUUCUCACAAUUGAGAAGGUCUAUGUUUGGAAAUUGCUUCAAACUAACCAAGUUUCAAAGUAGGAUGGAGCGUGAUUUACAGAGUAUGGCAGCCCAUGUUGACCAAAAGAAAUGGAGGUCCACUUUUGAGGAACAAAGCCCAGUAGUUCAUGUCCUAUUCAGCACUGUUUUUCCUGGAAGUGGAAUACCGGAUUGGUUUGCGCAUCGUAGCGAAGGGCAUGAAAUAAAUAUACAGGUAUCUCAAAAUUGGUAUUCUAGUUACUUUCUGGGUUUUGCUUUUUCUGCUGUUGUAGCGCCCGAGAAAGAGCCCCUUACAAGUGGUUGGAUAACCUACUGUGACUUGCGAUGCGGUGCUUUUAAUUCGGAAUUGAAAUCCAAUGGCAUAUUUUCCUUCUCCUUCGUUGAUGAUUGGACUGAACAACUUGAACAUAUAACAAUUGCGUCAGAUCAUAUGUGGCUGGCCUAUGUACCAUCAUUUCUCGGCUUCUCUCCUGAGAAAUGGAGUUGCAUUAAGUUUUCAUUUCGUACGGACAAGGAGUCCUGCAUUGUGAAGCGUUGCGGAGUUUGUCCUGUGUACAUUAGAAGUAGCACCCUUGAUGACGCAGAAAGUACCAACGCACAUGCCUACGACCUAGAAUGGUUUGAGAGGCAGCCAAACCCUUCCAUAUCCAACAUUAAGAUUCGUUCUUUGGUUUUCAUCGCUAUUCUUAGCUUCUUGCUUCUUGUUCGCAUUUUUUAUUGGGCUCCAUGUCAGAUCCCACCACUUGUCGAUGCUCUAUUUUGGAUCCCACCACUUGUCGAUGCUCUAUUUUGGAUCUCAACACUUCUGGGAGGCGUGGUACUCUUGCUUUUUAUCCUAUAUAGCUUAUAGGAACAUAUUAUUUGUACAUUAUAUAUAUAUACACUUAUUUUCAAAGUGAAAACAUGUCUUCCAUUGGUUAUAUAUUUGCCUUUCCUCC